CCGUAGGGAGCCACCAGCACAGGCUCUUGGCGGGCUCUGGCUCCAUAAAUACCCACAGGCCCUGCAGGAGGGCCACCCAGAGGCAGGCAUACACCAUGGGGCGCCUGGGGCUGGUGGUCUUGGGCCUCACCUGCUGCUUGGCUGUGGCGAGCUCAGCAAAGUUGGGUGCAGUGUACACGGAAGGCGGCUUCGUGGAAGGUGUCAACAAGAACCUUGGCCUCUUUGGUGGCUAUGUCGACAUCUUCAAGGGCAUCCCCUUCGCUGCUCCCCCCAAGGCCCUGGAGAACCCCCAGCGACACCCUGGCUGGCAAGGGACCCUGAAGGCCAACGACUUCAAGAAGCGGUGCCUGCAGGCCACCAUCACCCAGAACAACACCUACGGGGAUGAGGACUGCCUCUACCUCAACAUCUGGGUCCCCCAGGGCAAGAGGGAAGUCUCCCGGGACCUGCCCGUCAUGAUCUGGAUCUACGGUGGUGCCUUCCUCAUGGGGUCUGGCCAAGGAGCCAGCUUCCUCAACAACUACUUAUAUGAUGGGGAGGAGAUCGCCACGCGAGGCAAUGUCAUUGUGGUCACCUUCAACUACCGCGUCGGUCCCCUCGGCUUCCUCAGCACUGGGGACUCCAACCUGCCAGGUAACUAUGGCCUUCGGGACCAGCACAUGGCUAUCGCAUGGGUGAAGAGGAACAUUGCAGCCUUCGGGGGGGAUCCCAACAACAUCACCAUCUUUGGGGAAUCAGCUGGAGGUGCCAGUGCCUCUCUGCAGACCCUCUCCCCCUACAACAAGGGCCUCAUCCAGCGAGCCAUCAGCCAGAGUGGCGUGGCGCUGAGCCCCUGGGUCAUCCAAAAGAAGCCGCUCUUAUGGGCCAAAAUGAUCGCCAAGACAGUGGGCUGCCCCAGAGAUGACACCUCCGAGAUGGCCAAGUGUCUGAAGAUUACUGACCCCCGUGCCCUGACAAUGGCCUACAAGAUGCCUCUGGCUGGCAUGGAGUACCCCAUGUUGUACUAUCUGGGCUUCCUCCCUGUCAUCGAUGGAGACUUCAUCCCUGAUGACCCCAUCAAACUAUAUGCCAACGCUGCAGACAUCGACUACAUAGCAGGCACCAACAACAUGGAUGGCCACAUAUUUUCCACCAUUGAUAUGCCAGCAGUUGACAAGCCCUACAAGACUGUCACAGAAGAGGACUUCUACAAGCUGGUCAGAGGGAUCACCAUUGCCAAGGGGCUCAGAGGCGCCAAUGCCACCUUCCAUUUCUACACUGAGCUCUGGGCCAGUGACUCAUCCCAGGAGGCCAAGAAGAAGACCAUGGUGAACUUCGAGACUGACAUCCUCUUCCUGAUGCCCACCAAGAUUGCAGUGGCCCAGCACAGAAUCAACGCCAAGAGUGCCAAGACCUACACCUACCUGUUCUCCCACCCUUCUCGGAUGCCCAUCUACCCGGACUGGGUGGGGGCUGACCAUGCAGAUGACCUUCAGUAUGUCUUUGGGAAGCCCUUCGUCACUCCCCUGGGCUACCGGCCUCAAGACAGGACUGUCUCCGAGUCCAUGAUCGCCUACUGGACCAACUUUGCCAGAAGUGGGGACCCCAACGUGGGUCACUUGGCUGUCCCCACACAGUGGUAUCCCUACACCCUGGAAAAUGACAACUACCUGGAGAUCACCAAGAAGAUUGAUGGCAACUCCAUGAAGCAGCACCUGAGGUCCAACUACCUGGAAUACUGGAAUGUGACCUAUCAGGCAUUGCCCACAGUGUCUGAUGGGGAGGCUGUCCCCGUGCCCCCCACGGAUGACCCCGAGGCUGCCCCUGUGCCCCCCACGGAUGACCCCGAGGCUGCCCCUGUGCCCCCCACGGAUGACCCCGAGGCUGCCCCUGUGCCCCCCACGGAUGACCCCGAGGCUGCCCCUGUGCCCCCCACGGAUGACCCCGAGGCUGCCCCUGUGCCCCCCACGGAUGACCCCGAGGCUGCCCCUGUGCCCCCCACGGAUGACCCCGAGGCUGCCCCUGUGCCCCCCACGGAUGACCCCGAGGCUGCCCCUGUGCCCCCCACGGAUGACCCCGAGGCUGCCCCUGUGCCCCCCACGGAUGACUCCGAGGCUGCCCCUGUGCCCCCUACGGAUGACUCCGAGGCUGCCCCUGUGCCCCCAGUAGAUGACUCUGAGGCUGCCCCUGAGCCCCCCAUGGAUGACUCCGAGGCUGCCCCUGACCCCUCCACGGGUGACUCCAAGGAGGCUCAGAUGCCUGUAGUCAUUGGCUUCUAA